UGCCGCACGUGAGUGCACGCCGCUAGUCUGCAUUCUAGAUCGAUACGAUCGAUUGCGAUCAUUUGAUCGAUUUGUACUUCGGCAUUUGAACUGUUAACAUAAAUAUAUAUAUUAAAAAGUGUUGUUAAUGUGUGAGUUGUAAUGAUGUGUGAAGUUUUAAUUGUGUGAACACAUUUUUAUGUUUGUUUUAUUUUUAAGUAGGCGCUAAAACGCAAUAUGGCGGUAGACUUCUCAUACGCUAACGCUACAAUCAGCAAUGGCUUUACGGAUAUACUGAGCGAGCAUAUGAAGGCAGUCGGCAGGAUAUUCUACUUACAUUCACCACAAGAUACCAUGUUCGAAAGGAAAGAAGAUGUACCAAAUUUUUUUAGACAAUCAUGGCCAUAUUUUUUAAUCUUCAUGAUUCUAGAACACAUAGUAUUAAGGUUAGAAGGAAAGAAUGGUAUUCGACUUAAUGAUGGAAUUACCAGUAUAUCUCAUGGAAUAUUUCAAGAAUGUGGCAGAUUAAUAUGGCGAGGCGCAGAAUCCUAUCUAUAUACAUGGAUUUAUUCUAACUUUAGACUCGUGGAAUUGCCUUGGAAUCAUACAGUCACGUGGUAUGCGGCUGCUUUAGGAGUCGACUUUUGCUACUAUUGGAUGCAUAGAGCUUGCCACGAAGUGCAUAUAUUAUGGGCUCAGCAUCAGGUCCAUCAUACCUCUGAAGACUUCAACAUGGGGAUCGGGAUUAGACAGUCUGUGCUGCAGGGAUGGGGUGGCUUUAUAUUCUACCUACCCUUGGCGCUGGCGAUCCCGCCUGCACAGUUUGUGAUGCACCACCAAUUCAGCUAUCUGUACAUGUUCUGGAUACACACCGAAACCAUCAAGAGCCUUGGUCCUCUAGAGUAUAUACUUAACACACCCAGUCAUCACAGAGUGCAUCAUGGAAGCAACAAGUACUGCCUUGACGUGAAUUACGGCGGCGUUCUUAUCAUUUGGGACCGGAUGUUCGGCACCUUCCGCCCAGAGACUGAUAAAAUUGAAAUUGUCUACGGUCUUAUCUACAACCAGCCGUCUUUCAACCCUCUUCAUUUACAGUCAUUCUACACUGCAUACGUGAUCAAACGGUUCCAGAGUAUGACGACGACUGGGAACAAAUUGAAAGCAUUAUUUUGGGGCCCCAGUUGGCAACCAGGGUCGCCUCGACUUGGAAAUGAAGAGGAUAAAAUAGAUGUUCAAUUUCGUGAGAAGUUCGAUGUCCAUUUGCCUGCCUGGUGUAACAUAUAUUUAAUAUUACAUUACUCCGUGGUAUUAUAUGGAUUCUUCGAGUUGUCCGCCAAAUACAUGGGCAUGACACCAAUCUCAGUGUUAAUUUUCGUUUUCUACAUUAUCGCAUCUUUAACCGUAAUCGGCAUGCUAUUUGAUAACUCCAAGCAUUCUUCUCUACUGGAAGUACUUCGGUGUUCGGCGCUUGCCUUCCUUGCUAGAAGCGUAGCUGUUACCAAUCCUGGUCUCGGCACCAUGUUACAGAUCUUCUACGUAGUGUCGGCUAUGUUCUGGUGUUUGAAUAUACUGAAGUUAUUAGAAAUUAAGAAGACGAAAGUAGAAUGAAGUGUAUAAGUAAUUACAUGCACCACCCUUUCUAUGUUUGAACAGAACUCAUAUUAUCUGUAAGUGAUUGCUUUUUGAAGCGAUCUGAACUCAUCGCCUUUCCUGUGAAGAGUGUUGUUUUUUUAUCAAUUAGUUCUGUGACAAUAAUUCAGCUCUAUAAAAAAAAGAAGAAAUUAGAAGUGUAAAUCACCUUAUCACGUUAGGUAAAGAAGAAGGAGAAUAACUUAAUUUUAACAUUUUAUCCCCACACAAGG